AAAACUACAUAAAACUUAAUUAAUAUAGAAAAUAAAGGAAAAAGUAACCCAAUAAUAGUUAUUUGAUUAUAACAACCGAAAAUAUGACUUCUGAUGCAAAUAAUGAAUAUCCCAAAGCGUCAAAUGCUACAUUAAUAGGGUCUACAAUAACAUACAUUGCUGGCCUGUUUCUGCUACUGUCGUUCGCUGGUCCCUAUUGGAUAGAGUCCUAUCCCGAAAUGUUUUCGCCGUUUAAGCACAUGGGCUUGUGGGAAUACUGCUUUGAUCGUUUUCGGUUCCCAGAGUAUCAGUAUGACAAAUAUUUCGAUGGAUGCCACUACAUUUUUGGUGAGGAACUGUACAAGAUUCGUGAAUGGUUGUUGCCGGCGUGGCUGAUGGCUGUACAGACUUUUGUCACUUUAGCUCUGAUGCUUUCUUUUACUGCACAAAUACUUUUGGCCUGUGUGAUCAUUCGACUACCUCUGCGUAUCGUGUUAAGAUAUGAGUGGAUAUUUGUGAGCAUUUCGUUUACACUAGUGGCAUUAUCAAGCUUCUUUUUGUUUUUGGCUGUGGCAGUGUUUGGUGGCAACUGUUACCGCCGGGACUUUCUCAUGUAUCCGUCUUUCAAUGUUGUAUCAUGGUCCUAUGUCUUCUCAGUUAUUGCCUUUAUUUUGUUUGGUAUUGCCGCAAUCCUCCUGUUCUUUGAAUCUCGUAAGCUGUAUGAGCUGCGUGCGGAGGCUAAGAACUUGGUGGCACAAAUGCAGCACACCCAGCCCGAACAUGCCCUGCACCAACUGAGAGACCAGCUCCAUUCACAACAGCAGAUAGGCUACUUUAGAAACUAAUACUUAGCUAGCACUAACUACAGCAGCUUUUAUAUUCACUUGAUGUCUGCUGUAAAACGUUUUUUUAAAUUGCCAGUAGACAAAUAGUAAAGAUAAUAAUUAUUUUAAGUGACACAAUAUGCUGUAUUUUACUUUCAAUGCUAUACUAUAAGUUAUAAUUGCAAUAAUAUAUUAAUUUCAUUAUGAAGAAAGCUGGCAUAAUGUCAUGAAAUAUGAUAGAAUAACUUUUAUGCUAAGUACUCACAUACGGUUUUGUUCGAUAGUUUUUCUCCAA